CGCGCCUGUCUUUUCAUUUAUCCUUUGCCGCUCCGGUCCUAGGCUGCGGCCCCCAUACACGAUCGAACACAUUUUCACGCCAUCUCAGGCUGGUCGACCUCGGUGUUCGAUGCGAUCCAGCUGAUGCCGCCCUUGCUGACCGGGAUGACGCCGGCCCGCUUGAUCGUGGGGCUUGCCCUGCUGAGCGCCUCUUGCGGCAUGGUCGUUACGACGCAGCCGCGGAAGGUGGUGAUCCUGUGCGGCCCGCCUGGCUCUGGCAAAGGCACCCAGGCGCCGAAGAUCGUGGACGCAUUGGGCAUACCUCAGCUGUCCACGGGCGACAUGCUGAGAGAAGCCGUCGCCCGAAGCACCGAGGUUGGCCUGAAGGCGAGGGAAGUGAUGGCGGCUGGUCAGCUGGUGAGCGACGACAUUGUCGUCCGCAUCAUCCGUGACAGGGUGAAGGCCGACGACUGUAAGAAAGGGUUCAUCCUGGACGGCUUCCCGCGCACAGUGGCUCAGGCUGGGGCGCUUGACGCAAUGCUCCAGGAAACGUCAGAGAGCGUGGGGCUCGUCGUGGAGCUUCAAGUGCCAGACGUGGUGCUGGUGGAACGCAUCUGUGGCCGGUGGAUACACAAGGCCUCUGGCCGCUCCUACCACACGAAGUUCAAUCCCCCGAAGUCGUACAAUGGAACGUCCGCCCCAUCUGCGGAGAACAUGCGGGAUGACGAGACUGGAGAGGCGCUGACGCAGCGGGCCGACGACACGAAGGAGGCCUUACCAAAGCGUCUGGAGGGGUACCACUCCGAGACGGAGCCAGUUCUGUCGCACUACAGGGCCAGGGGGAAGUGCCGGGUGGAGCUAGUGAAUGCGAACCAGGCGAUGGAGGACGUCUGGAAGGACAUGCAGAAGGUGUUGGCGUAGUGCAGCACGUGACCACUGGCCAUGCCAUGAUGAGGUGGAAGUCGACUGCACCCACGCGUCAAGUGUCGCCAUACAUCUUCCCUUGCAGCGCGCGGACUUCAUGUCAGAAGGACGUGCCGAGGAAGUAUAUUAGUUGAGGCCAGGGGCGGGCUCAUAUUGAUUGGGAAGUGUCCGUGGUGCCACUUGUGUACGAGUUUUUUCAUGUAUUCUGCGUAGCACUUGGGCGAAGGUGCGUCCAGCCCAGAUGGCGUAGCUAGAACUAGGGGAUGCGCACGACGAACAAGGUUUCCCGUCUUCUCUGCCUUGCCCGCCUUCCGCCUUUUCUGCUCAUCAUCUCCCGCUUCUUCCUCAUCGUCUAAGUCCUUAGGCAGCUCGGAUAGCGCGGUAGCCAUUUGCAGCGCAGCCCGCCUCACUGCUUUGUGGCACUGUUGAAGGUUGGAGCCUCCUCCUCCUCCUCCACUUCCUCCUCUUAUAUAUCACUUCUCCUCCCCCUCCUGCUGGUUUUCAUCCUUGCUCAUUCAGCGGAUUACUAUGUAUGCUUAUACAUGCAUAAGUAGACAUACCGGUGCACGCGCCCCAGUCUCAAUACCAAGUUGCAC